GAAAAAGAGUUUUUAUGAUGAGGAUUGCCUUCUUUAAAGCACUUAUGAACAUGCUGACAAUACGUAGUAGUCUUGUACUGUAUAACAGUUUAAUGUCUUUAUUUGUGCUCCUUUGCAGAUCAGAUACUUGGCCUGCAUUGCUGCUUUGGUUUCAAGUCUGGCUUUCUAUGAGGCUUUGCCUAUUGGGAUUUUGUUCAGGGAACAAAUAAAUGAGCUUUGUAUAGGAUGGGCUGCCGUGUGGGUAGUCUAUGUUAGUUUGUCCAGCACUGGGCAUUGACUUGAUGACCUGGUAGCACAGAUCCUUCCUUUGGUUCUCUUGAAUCACAGUACUGCCAUGUGAAUUAAUACCCUGUGAGGAGAAAAGAGGCACUGGGCAGAGGCCUUGUGCUUUGUAGCAGCCCUUUCUCUGUCUUUUGCUGCACACAGACAUUUGCAUCUCCAAAUCCAGCAGAGCUGCAGGUAACAAACCCUUCUCCCUGGGUGAUGGUUUGCGCAGCUGCUGGUUGGCAGGGUGGGGCUGCUUGCUGGCACCAGGGUAUGAGCUGUGCUGCAGCUGCUUGGUGCUCAGAGGCUCUCCAUCUCUUGCAGCAGCUGCAGGCUUCUUUUGGGGCACAGACACACAGGGUGAGUUUGUGAGCAGAUUCCUUUCCCUGCUUGGGGGUUGAGCAGGUUGGUUCCCUGCUUGUCUCAGGGUUGAGCCUUUUCUGGUUUGUUCUUAGCUUGUCCUGGAGGUGGGUCUGGCUGUGCUGGAGCUGUAUCCUCCUCAAUAAGGGCUGUUCUAACCUGCUGUGGGUUGAGGGGCUGCCCUGCUUUGGGAGGUAAGAAACUCCAGCCUGUAUUGUUUUCCUGUCGUUCUGAAAGAGUGCCCUGGCAAUGCUGUCUGAGCUUUAAUCCUAAGGCAGAAGGGGGGAGUAUUUGGAAAACAGCCUUGGAGCAUGUUUGGCGUUAUCUCUACUGUUUCCUUAUUUCAACUGGCAAAGAUUUGGCAAGGAAAAUGUCUGGUUUCAUUCAAUGGAGAGCAGCUUAUCUCAGGAAACACCAAAGGAGGUAGAAACUUCCCCAUCCACAGUGUGAGCAGUGCAGGGGGUCGGUGUUGGGAAGCAGUGCAGACAACUGGAUUCAGAAUUCCAUGCAAUGGGGGGAUGUACGUGCCACCAUCCUGAGCUGGGCAGCUUCUUCAUUCACAACAGCAUCAGCAGUUUGCUGUGUGUGGUGCCAAGCUGGCAUUGCUCACAGCUCUGUGUUACACAAGGAGUUACCACACCAACAGCAGCUCAUGGCCUCCCAGGGGGCUCCUGUUCAGCAGGGCUGGGCUGAGCCCAUGGGGAGAAGUGCUCCCAGGGUCCCCCUUGGUGUUUGUUCAGCCUUCUGCUGCAACUAAAGCUGGAAGGGCCUGGUUCUUGGUCCCCAAUGCCACACAAGGAUAACAUCUGGGUGAUGAGCUGGUUCUGAUUGCCCAGUCCUGAUUGCAUCUCUCUGCCAGGUCCCAGCUGAGGUUGCUGGUAGGGAUGAUGGCAGCUUACCGGCAGCUCCUCCCUGCUCAAGGCCUGCUGCUCUGUGUCUUGGCUCUGCACUUCUGCACCCAGGGCUCUCUUGCCAUAGCAGGGCACAAAGUGGUCAACAUGUCCACAGCCACCAACCACACUUCAAUGGCUGCCACCAAAGCUUCAGUGGCCACCAAGCAGACCUCAGUGGCCAUCACCAGAGCUUUGAUGGCCACCUCCAAGCAAGCAUCAGUGGCCACCACCAGUGCCUCAAUGGCCAUCUCUAACCAGGCACUGAUGGCCACCAACCAGGCAUUAGUGGCCACCAACCAGGCACUGGUGGCUACCAGCCAGGCAUCAAUGGCCACUUCCAACCAGGCAUUGGUGGCUACCAGCCAGGCAUCAAUGGCCACCACCAAAACCUCAAUGGCCACCAACCAGGCAUUGGUGGCCACAAACCAGGCUUCAGUGGCCACCACCAGUGCCCCAAUAGCUGCCUCCAACCACAGCUCCAUGACCAUCACCACCUCGGUGGAUUCCAGCCAGGCUUCAAUGGCUGCUAACACCUCCAUGAACCAUACAGAACAAACCCCGCUCAGCUGUCAGAGCUUCCAGUGCUCCAGGGAGAGGUGUUACCAGGAUGAAGCCCACAGCAACAUGACGGCUACCUGCCACAAUGAGACCUUCUGCGAGCUUUAUCGCUUCUCCAGCACGAAUUACACAGCCAGGUGCAGCAGUACGUGCAGUGCAGAGCUGUGCAGGACCAAUGGCAGCGUGACCCUACAGCAGUGCACCAUGGAGUGCUGCAACACCUCACUCUGCCUGCAGCUCAAUGCAAGCUCCUAUGGUGAUCUUCCUUCCACCACUGUGACACCUACAACCACCAUCACCACCCCACGGCUUCCCCCAAGAAAUGGGAAGAUCUGUGCAGCAUUCUCCUGCCACGGGGAUGGAUGUUUCAAAGGCAAGAAGAGCACAGCAACAUGCUUUGUUGGGCAUGAUUUCUGUGAGGUGAAGAAGACAGGCUCCAAUUACGUGGCAGGAUGCAGCAAAGCCUGCAAGUCUGCCAAGCCUGUCUGUGCCCAUGGGGUGAAAGCUGCCUGUUUCCAGGAGUGCUGCCCUGCCACCCCCAAGGGCAGCUGCCUGAAGCUGGAUGGCAAAGUUCACAUGAAUGGUGCUGGGCUGGUGGCUGUGUCCCCACUGCUGCAGCUCCUGGCGUGUGGGACAGCCCUUCUCCUGAGCCUCAGGGCUUCCACUCCCCUCCAUGGGAGCAAGGUGCCCUGGAGCUCGUAGACGGCGGCUUCUCUCCCCAGCUGCUCUGUGCUACACAUCAUCCCCAGGAGCUGUGAGCUGCAACACUGCACCUCUGCACUGCAGGGAUGGCAGAUGGAAGGAGAGACCUCAAGUGUAGGAGUGAGAGGGUGCUGUGCCAGCUUGGAACCCAGGAACCUCUGCCUUGACCCAAGGCACAGCUUAUACAACGUAGUUACAAGUGUUUGCAGUACAGCUGUCUGAACAUCCACUUAGUUUCUUAAUAAUGCCUCCUGUCCCAGUAGGCUGUUCUGUUUUGUCUCUAGGUUUUAGGCAAGGAAACGGGUCUGAGCUAAAAUGUUGUGUUAGACCAUCCUGUUUCUUCUCUAUGAUUCUCUAUGGGUAGAGCAGAGAUAUGAGUGUGAGCCUGUAACACAAGCUGCCUCCCAGCCUGCUCCUGUAUCAUCACAGCUGGUAAUGGUUCUGUGGUGCUACACGUACUGUCCUCUUCCUGCUCUCCUUUAAGAAAAUAAUAAAACAAUAAUAAGGAAACAACGGGAUGGAACUUAAAGCUA